AUGGGCGCCAAGGCCGUCGGUCUGACGGGGCUGAGAUUCAGAACGGAGAUGGGUUUCCACCCCGGGAAGGUCGAGGCCUACGUUCGGAAUGACAUCAAAGAGGGUGGUUUUAGAAGGGGGUUGAAGGAGAGAGAAAAUAAGAGGGAGAAAAAUUUCAAGCGCCUUCAGUUCCCAGUCAGGUUGGCUUUGGCCAUGACUAUCAAUAAAGCCCAGGGACAGUCUCUCAGAGUGGCUGGCAUCAACUUGGAGCAACCUUGCUUUUCUCACGGGCAGCUUUAUGUGGCGUGCUUAAGAGUGGGCUCUCCAGAACGCCUGUUCAUUUUGUUACCAGAAGGAAAAACAAAGAACAUAGUCUACCAAAAGGCUCUCUAG